AUGAUGAUUCCACACAGGAGUACGGCUCUAUUGUCGGUGAUUGUCUUUGUUGCGCUAUUGCUUUUCAUAUUUUCCUCCUCUCCAGUCCCCGAUGUCGCUGAAGGGGAAGAGGUCUCAGGCCCAGCCAAGUUCGUGCCCAGACCCAAGCUAUCGUCGCUAGCCAAUUUCCACCUGCCAUCAUUCCGCCCGCCCUCUCACGAACAGCCGGAAGAACAGAAGAACAGUACCCACGGCGAGUCGAAAUGGUACAGCACAUUGGAAUGGUUGAACCCAUUCUCCUCUGCCAUCACUUUGGAUGAGAACCGCUCCGUCCUGCCCCCUCUGGACGAACGUCGGCCGAUCUACACCUACUACAACGCGAAAUACAAUCCCAACAAAGCGAGUGCCAAAGACCUCAAGGAGCUACAGAAUGCCGACGCGGAGUUGCUGCUUGCGUGGCGCCGCGCCUGGUACGCGCAGGGCUUCAAGCCUGUUGUGCUCACCCCUGGGGACGCAAUGUUGAACCCCAACUACGAGGUUGUGCAGAAGUUGAAACUUUCUCCCAAGACAGAGAACGAGGUGUUUGGCUGGCUGGCUUGGGGUCAUAUGGGAACUGGAUUGCUUUCCGACUUCCAUUGUUUCCCAAUGGCGCGCUACGAUAACAACAUGCUGUCAUAUCUCCGCCGAGGAAGUGUGCCGGAGUCAAUCACCCGGUUUGACAAUGUGAAGAACGCUCUCUACGCCGGUGAGAAGUCACGGAUUGAUGCGGUGGUUCAGAGUGCAGUUCUGAAGCUGGACGACAAGACAACUUCCUUUGUGGACCUGAUGGACGCAGAGUCAUUCAAGGUUGAGUCCCCGAGUGCUCUGGCCUUCUAUAAAUCUGCGGCUAUUACCUCCCACUAUCCGGCCGUGCAUGAAAAGAUGGGCCAGAACCCUGCAGCCGGUCAGCGGGCUCUGGUCCAACUGAUCAAUGCCCACCUGCACAACCACUUCCAGUCCGCUUUCCCCGCUGGAUUGGCUGUGUUGAAGCCAUUCCCUCAGCACACCACAGCCUUGGUGGAGCCUGCGCUUCGACUGGCCAAGGCCCUCAUCCAAUGUCCCGAGUCACCUAUGCCCGACUCCUGCCCACCCAAUGAGCCUGAAUGCCGUCCCUGUGGCUCUGCCAAAUCAGCCAUGCGGAUUAGUCAACCUUCGUCUUUCAAGAACACCACUUUCCUCUUUACCAUUGGCACUCUUCCUCAUCCAUACACUCUUGUCAGUCUGCAGAAGAACUCGGAGGAGAUCACCACGCCUCAGAUCCGUCGGGAGACUGAGCGUGACGCAUGGCUCUCCGAGGUGACCAAGGACCACCUUGGCCCUGAACUGGGCUCAUCAUACCGAGGCGUGAUCUUCAAGCAGGUCGUCGCCGCCCCAGAUGCCGUGGGCACAUCCCUUUGGAUGACUGUGGAGUCUCUCCCCGCCGCAGCAGGCCAGAGUCUCCCGGCAGAACUUUUGGAUGAGUUUGAAUGGCAAUUUGGAUUCAAGAUUCCCCGCGGAGGCAAGAUCGACCCGGCAACCGAGAACGACAAGGAAUCCGCGAAGAGCGCACAGGAUCGUACACCCAGCGAGCAAGGCGUUGGAAAAGAAUACGAGCUGAUCCAGAAGGCUCGUGAAGUGAUCAAAAACAAGGAGACUAACCGUAUCAACAUCAAAGAUGUUGUUGAGGCUUGGAAUCUUGCUGACACGGAAGUCUGGCGCUUUGUCAAGGCCUACCGUGCUCGCACUCUCGUUGAGCGUCAGAAGUGGGAAGAAGAAGAGAAACCAUUUGCUGGCUCACGAUCAUAG